UCCGGGCUUGUCUAGUCCAGUCUGGCGGGGCUGGUUCUGAGCUUCCCACAACCCAGCAAGUCACUCAGAGCCUCUGCGAUGCUGCUGCUGCCGUCGCUGCGCCGAUCCCUGCUGUCCCACGCCUGGAGGGGCGCUGGGCUGCGCUGGAAGCACGCCUCCUCUCUGAAGGUGGCCAAUGAGCCCAUCUUAGCCUUCACCCAGGGCAGCCCCGAGCGGGACGCACUGCAGAAGGCUCUGAAGGACCUGAAGGGCCAGACGGAAGCCAUCCCCUGCGUUGUUGGUGACGAGGAGGUGUGGACCUCCGAUGUGCAGUACCAGCUGUCGCCUUUUAACCAUGGACACAAGGUGGCCAAGUUCUGUUAUGCUGACAAGGCCUUGCUCAACAAAGCCAUCGAAGCCUCCUUGGCUGCCAGGAAAGAGUGGGACCUGAAGCCCGUGGCAGACCGGGCCCAGGUCUUCCUGAAGGCAGCAGAUAUGCUGAGCGGGCCCCGACGGGCCGAAAUCCUUGCCAAGACCAUGGUGGGACAGGGCAAGACCGUGAUCCAAGCAGAGAUUGACGCCGCAGCCGAACUCAUCGACUUCUUCAGGUUCAACGCCAAGUUCGCUGUGGAGCUGGAGGGCGAGCAACCCCUCAGCGUGCCGCCCAGCACCAAUCACGUGGUGUACCGGGGACUGGAGGGCUUCGUGGCGGCCAUUUCUCCCUUCAACUUCACGGCGAUCGGAGGCAACCUGGCAGGCGCACCGGCGUUAAUGGGCAACGUGGUUCUGUGGAAGCCAAGUGACACCGCCAUGCUGGCUAGCUACGCCGUGUACCGCAUCCUCCGCGAGGCCGGCUUGCCCCCCAACAUAAUCCAGUUCGUGCCAGCCGAUGGGCCAACCUUCGGGGACACGGUCACCAGCUCAGAGCACCUCUGUGGCAUCAACUUUACAGGCAGUGUGCCCACCUUCAAGCACCUGUGGAAGCAGGUGGCCCAGAACCUGGACCGCUUCCGUACCUUCCCACGCCUGGCUGGAGAGUGUGGCGGGAAGAAUUUCCAUUUCGUGCACAGCUCGGCCGACGUGGACAGCGUGGUGAGCGGGACGCUGCGCUCGGCCUUCGAAUACGGCGGUCAGAAGUGCUCAGCCUGCUCGCGCCUCUACGUGCCCCAGUCGCUGUGGCCACAGAUCAAAGGGCGACUGCUGGAGGAGCACAGCAGGAUCAAAGUGGGGGACCCUGCAGAGGACUUUGGGACCUUCUUCUCCGCAGUGAUUGACGCCAAGGCCUUCGCCCGCAUUAAGAAGUGGCUGGAGCAUGCGCGUUCCUCUCCCAGCCUCAGCAUCCUGGCUGGGGGCCAGUGUAAUGAGUCGGUGGGCUACUACGUGGAGCCGUGUAUCAUUGAGAGCAAGGACCCACGGGAGCCCAUCAUGAAGGAGGAGAUCUUCGGUCCGGUGCUGACAGUGUAUGUGUACCCGGAUGAGAAAUAUAGAGAGACACUGCAGCUGGUCGACAGCACUACCAGCUAUGGCCUCACGGGGGCAGUGUUCGCCCAGGAUAAAGCGAUUGUCCAGGAAGCCACGAGGAUGCUGAGGAACGCUGCUGGGAACUUCUACAUCAACGAUAAGUCGACGGGGUCUGUGGUGGGCCAGCAGCCCUUCGGGGGCGCCCGGGCCUCAGGAACCAAUGACAAACCAGGAGGCCCCCACUACGUCUUACGCUGGACAUCACCCCAGGUCAUCAAGGAGACUCAUAAACCCCUUGGGGACUGGCGCUACUCCUACAUGCAGUGAGCCCUGCCCAGCCCCUCCGUCGUCAACCAGACGUCCAUCCAGAUGACUGACAUCUCUGCACUGACCCCCUGCUCCCCGACAGCUCAUCUCGGACUCUACAGCUGAGCUGGACCCUGCCCUGGCCACUGGUGCCUGUCCUUAGAAUGAGGUGCCCUGGCUUCUUCAAGUCAUACUCGGGGGGAUCGGCCAAUCCACCCGGAAAUCUCAUCUGCUGCGCAAUACCCUGGCACCUGCAGGUCCUCUGCCCAUCUUCUUUUCUCGCCUCAUCCUGGGCCCGGUGACUCGGAGGUCCUCCAAACAGAGAGGGAUACUCUCAAGUCUUCAUCCUGGGCCCAGUGUCUCAGAGGCCCUCAGAAGAGAAAGGCAUAUUCUCAGGACUGUGUCCAGGAAGGAGACAGCCCUGGUGUCCUGUAGCCUCACCACUCAAAGACUCCUGACCUAAGUCUUGUCCCCUACACGUGUCCAGUGAGAUAGGACCUCAGCCAGAUGGCUGCAGGGGCACCAGCUGCCUCUGCCCUUGGUCUGUGCUAGCUCCUCCCACAGUCUAACUCCUCCCACAGGCUAGCCCCUCCCACAGACUAGCUCCUCCCACAGGCUAACUCCUCCCAUAGGCUAACUCCUCCCACAGGCACUUGUGGCCAGCCAUAUGCCUUAGACCCAUGUGCCUUCCUCCAGGGUGCAUCCCUGAGCCUGUAUCCGUCCCGGCCACCUGCCAGGAGUGACCAGCGGUGGUCAUCCCAUACCGACUGAAUCUGGGAAACCUUGAGGUGGGCCUCCGUUCUGUACUGUUGUAGGAUGCAGCUUGGGGUCCUGGAUAAUCAAAUGUUUCUAGCGGCCUAUGGGCACUCAUCUUUCAAGGACAUUUGCCGGGCGUCCAUAUGGCACUGAUAUAGCUGUUCCCGAGGGCUAUCCCUGUCACACUCAGGGGCGGGUACCAGUACCAGGUCAGCUCUGUGUUCUACUUCCUUUCGGGGCCCAUGUUGCUUCCCAGGGAGCAGGACUGGGUUGCAGAUGUCCCAAUUCUGCUGUUCUACACUGUGAGGGGGGUGGGGCGCACUUACUGCCUCACAAGAAAAUGCCCGAUAGCUACUCGAAGUGGCCAUGGGGGAUGGACUGGCUUCUCAUUCUUAAUCUAAGGAACUGCCAGCGCCUUGUCACGUGGUUCUGUGUGAUGCUGCGGGGGUUGGGGGUUGGGGGGUGGGGGGAGUGACUCCAGAGCCCAGUGUCUGGGCUUAGAGAUGGUUUUCUGUCUCCACCCUCACCCUCACCCCAAGGUGGUCACCAAAAUAAUCAUGUAGUUUCUCCAACCUUCCAUGUCUAAAAUGGUGACGAUUCCCUCGUGUACACCGAGCAUCGAUGAGCUAAUGCAUCCCUGUGGAUUUCAGACAAGUGAUCAGAAAUGUCACCCGUUUGUUCCCUGACACUAUGUGCUGUUUAUGUAUCAACUUUGCUGGGCCACGGUCCGCAGAGACCUACCUGGUCAGCCGUUACGGAAGUUUCUGUGACAGUGCAGUAAAGCUUAAAUAGGCGGGCUCUUA